GAGGUGGUGGGACCCGGGGUCGCUCCCCAGCUGGUGACUGGAGCAGCUCCUUGUUCUUUGGUGGCGUUGGUACACAUGGCAUUCAGAGAUGUGGCUGUGGAUUUCUCCCAGGAGGAAUGGAGCCUGCUGAGCCCUGCUCAGAGGUCCCUGUACAGAGACGUGAUGCUGGAGAACUACAGCAACCUGGUCUCUCUGGGAAUCCCAUUUUCAAAACCAAAACUCAUCACCCAGCUAGAGCAAGGGAAAGAAACAUGGCAAGAGGAGAGGAAAUGUCCACAGGUUGCCUGUCAAGCACAGGCAAAGCUGGAACUCUGCCCCGGUCCUGUCUGCCCUCCAGAUCCCACCAAUCAGAAACUCCAUGGGCAGCAUGUACUGAGUAAUGGUGCCCCAUGGCUCUUCACAUGCCUGUGUGCAAAAUGCCACGUUGACGCAGGGGACUCCUGUCAUGGGCCCCAGGAAGAGCAGCAGCAAGUCUCUGGUGGGAGCUCCUGCAGAGAUAAACCAGAAGGCGGAGAGAGAGAGGGUGCCAGGCCUUCAUCAAGGAGGAUAAAGAAAAGGGGUUUGGGAGCCCUGUCCAGAGUACCCCAAAGGCAGUCAGUCAGCUCUCGGAAUGGCAUCAGACAGGUAGGGAUGGAGGCUCGCCCACCUCAAGCUGGGAGCACUGUAGAACCUGAAAAGUUGCUGAGUCGUGUAGAAUUCUUGCGAUUUGGAAUGGUCAACUGUGGAGAGUGUGGGCUGGGCUUCCGCAAGAUGACAAACCUGCUUAGUCACCAGAGGAUGCAUUCCGGAGAGAAGCCGUAUGUGUGUGGGGUGUGUGAGAAGGGCUUCAGCCUAAAGAAGAGCCUUGCCAGACACCAGAAGGCACACUCUGGGGAAAAACCCAUUGUGUGCAGGGAGUGCGGGCGCGGCUUUAACCGGAAGUCAACACUCAUCAUCCAUGAGAGGACGCACUCAGGCGAGAAGCCUUACACAUGUGGUGAGUGUGGACGAGGCUUUAGCCAGAAGUCCAACCUCAUCAUCCAUCGGAGGACACACUCAGGGGAGAAGCCUUAUGUGUGUAGGGAGUGUGGAAAAAGCUUUAGUCAGAAGUCAGCUGUCGUGAGACACCAGAGGACACACUUGGAAGAGAAGAGCAUCGUGUGCAGCGACUGUGGCUUGGGCUUCAGUGACAGGUCAAACCUCAUCUCUCACCAGCGGACACAUUCCGGGGCAAAGCCGUAUGCCUGCAAGGAGUGUGGCCGGUGCUUCAGGCAGAGGACAACCCUUGUCAAUCACCAGCGGACUCACUCAAAGGAGAAGCCUUAUGUGUGUGGCGUAUGUGGGCACAGCUUUAGCCAGAAUUCAACUCUCAUCUCCCACAGGAGGACACACACCGGGGAGAAGCCAUAUGUGUGUGGGGUAUGUGGACGAGGCUUCAGUUUAAAGUCCCAUCUCAACAGACACCAGAACAUUCACUCAGGGGAAAAGCCCAUUGUGUGCAAGGACUGUGGUCGCGGCUUCAGCCAGCAGUCAAACCUCAUCAGGCACCAGAGGAUACACUCCGGGGAGAAGCCCGUGGUGUGUGAGGAAUGUGGUCGAGGCUUCAGCCAGAAGUCAAACCUCAUUGCACACCAGAGGACACACUCGGGAGAAAAGCCGUAUGUGUGCCGAGACUGUGGGCGAGGCUUCAGUCACCAGGCUGGGCUUAUCAGACACAAGAGAAUGCACUCCAGGGAGAAGCCAUACGUGUGUAGGCAGUGUGGACUAGGCUUUACCAAUAAGUCAGCUCUGAUCACACACAAGCGGGCACACUUUGAAGAGAAACUCUGUGUGUGCAGAGAGUGUGGCCAAGGCUCUACCCACAAGUCACACCUCAUCUUACACCAGAUGCCACACCAGGGGGAGAAGACUUGCACGUGCAGGGCCUGUGGACAAGGCUUUAGGCAAAGGUCUCACUUCAGCAGGCACAGGAAGAUGAAAUGUGCCCACCACAGACUGCCCGUGCAGCCUGACUCUGAAGCCUGUGUGGGGCGGCCGCCAGACCCCUUCCAUUCCCUUUGAAAAUGAAAACGAUGGAAAGGAUUCAUUGUCGAAAAUUCCUACACUUCCAUGAAGUAGAAAAAUGUACUUCAGAAGACCUACCUCCUUUCCAGUCUCAUGCUGUGUGGCCUUUUGUCUAGUAAACUUUCCUUUACAAGUUUGCA